GCGUGCCCCGGGGGUCCCGGGAGGUGGGGGCGCGCCUUGGGGGAGGUGGCCGAAAGUUUUCCCCAGCCCGGGAAUGAGCGGCGGGCACCAGGCAUCGGGGCCAGCGCAGCCGCCGACCGCUGCCCGUGGCACGCACCUCCGAGGAUGUCGCUGCUCCCCCUUCCCGCACAGCUAAUUUGACAGGACAUGCUGAGAAGGUGGGAAUAGAAAAUUUUGAGCUCCUGAAGGUCCUAGGAACUGGAGCUUAUGGAAAAGUAUUUCUAGUUCGUAAAAUAAGUGGCCAUGAUACUGGAAAGCUGUAUGCCAUGAAAGUUUUGAAAAAGGCAACAAUCGUUCAAAAGGCCAAAACCACAGAGCAUACAAGGACAGAACGACAAGUCCUGGAGCACAUUAGGCAGUCGCCAUUUUUGGUGACAUUACAUUAUGCUUUCCAGACAGAAACCAAACUUCAUCUCAUUUUAGAUUAUAUAAAUGGUGGUGAACUUUUUACUCAUCUUUCUCAAAGAGAGCGUUUCACAGAGCAUGAGGUGCAGAUUUAUGUUGGAGAGAUUGUGCUUGCCCUCGAACAUCUCCACAAGUUGGGGAUUAUAUAUCGUGAUAUUAAGCUUGAGAAUAUUCUACUUGAUUCUAAUGGCCAUGUGGUGCUGACAGAUUUUGGUCUGAGUAAGGAGUUUGUGGCUGAUGAAACUGAAAGAGCAUAUUCCUUUUGUGGAACUAUUGAAUACAUGGCACCAGAUAUUGUCAGAGGGGGAGAUUCAGGACAUGACAAGGCAGUUGACUGGUGGAGUUUGGGUGUUCUAAUGUAUGAAUUACUAACUGGAGCAUCUCCUUUCACUGUUGAUGGAGAAAAAAAUUCCCAAGCUGAGAUAUCUAGGAGAAUAUUAAAAAGUGAGCCUCCAUAUCCCCAAGAAAUGAGUGCUUUAGCUAAAGACCUAAUUCAGCGUCUUUUGAUGAAAGAUCCCAAGAAGAGAUUGGGAUGUGGUCCACGUGAUGCAGAUGAAAUCAAAGAACAUCUCUUCUUUCAGAAAAUAAAUUGGGAUGAUUUAGCCGCCAAAAAAGUGCCUGCACCAUUUAAGCCAGUCAUUCGAGAUGAAUUAGAUGUGAGUAACUUUGCAGAAGAGUUCACAGAAAUGGAUCCCACUUAUUCUCCCGCAGCCCUGCCCCAGAGUUCUGAGAAGCUGUUUCAGGGCUAUUCCUUUGUUGCUCCUUCCAUCCUAUUCAAGCGUAAUGCAGCUGUCAUAGACCCUCUUCAGUUUCACAUGGGAGUUGAACGUCCUGGAGUGACAAAUGUUGCCAGGAGUGCAAUGAUGAAGGACUCUCCAUUCUAUCAACACUAUGACCUAGAUUUGAAGGACAAACCCCUGGGAGAAGGUAGUUUUUCAAUUUGUCGAAAGUGUGUGCAUAAAAAAAGUAACCAAGCUUUUGCAGUCAAAAUAAUCAGCAAAAGGAUGGAAGCCAAUACUCAGAAGGAAAUAACAGCUCUGAAACUCUGUGAAGGACACCCCAAUAUUGUGAAGUUGCAUGAAGUUUUUCAUGAUCAGCUUCACACGUUUCUAGUGAUGGAACUUCUGAAUGGAGGAGAACUGUUUGAACGCAUUAAGAAAAAGAAGCACUUCAGUGAGACGGAAGCCAGCUACAUCAUGAGGAAGCUUGUUUCAGCUGUAAGCCACAUGCAUGAUGUUGGAGUGGUGCACAGGGAUCUGAAACCUGAGAAUUUAUUGUUCACCGAUGAAAAUGACAAUUUGGAAAUUAAAAUAAUUGAUUUUGGAUUUGCACGGCUAAAGCCACCGGAUAAUCAGCCCCUAAAGACUCCAUGCUUCACCCUUCAUUAUGCGGCCCCAGAGCUCUUGAAUCAGAACGGCUACGAUGAGUCCUGUGACCUGUGGAGCUUGGGCGUCAUCUUGUACACAAUGUUGUCAGGACAGGUUCCCUUCCAAUCUCAUGACCGAAGUUUGACGUGUACCAGCGCGGUGGAAAUCAUGAAGAAAAUUAAAAAGGGAGAUUUCUCCUUUGAAGGAGAAGCCUGGAAGAAUGUAUCCCAAGAGGCUAAAGAUUUGAUCCAAGGACUUCUCACAGUAGAUCCAAACAAAAGGCUUAAAAUGUCUGGCUUGAGGUACAAUGAAUGGCUACAAGAUGGCAGUCAGCUGUCCUCCAAUCCUCUGAUGACUCCGGAUAUUCUAGGAUCUUCCGGAGCUGCCGUGCAUACCUGUGUGAAAGCAACCUUCCACGCCUUUAACAAAUACAAGAGAGAGGGGUUUUGCCUUCAGAAUGUCGAUAAGGCCCCUUUGGCUAAGAGAAGAAAAAUGAAAAAGACUAGCACCAGUACCGAGACGCGCAGCAGUUCCAGUGAGAGUUCCCAUUCUUCUUCCUCUCAUUCUCACGGUAAAACUACACCCACCAAGACACUGCAGCCCAGCAAUCCUGCCGACAGCAAUAACCCGGAGACCCUCUUCCAGUUCUCGGACUCAGUAGCUUAGGCAUGGUAGGAGUGUAUCAGUGAUCCAUUGCACCUUUAUUCCCUCAGCAUAUGCCUGAGGCGAUCUUUUAUGCUUUUAAAAAUGUUUCCCGUUGGUCUCAUUGGAAUCUGCCUCCUAAUGAUUUUUUUCAGGAAAACCUGUUUGGUUAUCCUCAUUCAAAAGCACUGGACAGAGAAUGUUACUGUGAAUAGAGCACAUAUUACUCUUUUUAGCCACCUAGCAUGAUGCCAACAAGACUAUUCUCGAAAGAGCAAAGGUUCCUGUAAAUUUAAUUAGGGCUAGAUUUGAGCUGCUUGUAAGUCACAGGUUUUCCAGAUGUCUGCCAACAAGAAAUGACUCAUACUGUGAUGAUACCUUUUGCUUUGCCUUGUGGACAAUGUGGGUUUUUGAAAUUUGCACCCUUCAAACAAUGAUUUAUCAGAGAAAGGGGUCUGUUUUCAAAAAAGAUUCUGUAAUGAAUUUUAUGUGUGGCAUAUACUUAUUUCUUGAGAGAAGAUUUUAACUUAUUGUUUUUAUUUUAUGGUUACAUAUGAUGAUAACCUGCUAUUAUUAAACUUUUUCUAAAAAGUGAAAAAAAAAAAAA